AAGAUGCAGUGCUGGCGCCCUAAACCAGCUGGCGCAUAGGCCAUGUUGGUGUCAUUUCGAAAUUUUACCCCGUGGACGACGAGCAUGGCGACGCAGGAUUCCGACGAUGUCAUGACUGGCUGCCGCGUGCCUCACUGUGACCGGUUCGCCAAGUUCAUGGGCGUAUGCCUCUUGCACGCAGGCCACAAGUACGAGCGCUCCGCCCGCAGCGCGUCGGCGUCACCACCGCGGUCGCAUGCAAUGAUGUCGCUCGAUGCAAUCACGAGCCCGGCAACGAGCGCUUCGGGACGCCGCGGGCGGUCGCGCUGGUGUGCGAUCACCGACUGCCAGCAACUCGCACGUAUCGAUGGUCUCUGCACGCGCCACAACAUGCAGCUGAGCAGCCAGAAACGCAAGUGCAGCGUCAACAAUUGCACGUCAUACGCACGAACCCGUGGUCUGUGCACGCGUCACGGCGGCGGGAAGCUGUGCUCCGUCGACGGCUGCAAGACCGUGGCCCAAAGCGGUGGCGUCUGUCGAACCCACGGCGGUGGUUCGCGCUGCAAGCACGACGAUUGCAACCACUUUGCGCGCGUUGGCGGCUUUUGUGGCCAACACAUGCCCCAGAGAGCCAAUACAAGCGGCUAG